AUGGGAGGAUGUCACAGCAGGAAAGUUGUAAUCCCGGACUUUGAAAACCCAGGGAGAUGCAGAUCGGUGUGUUUGGGAAGUUAUCAGUCAGAUACACAGCCACCACAAAACAGAACACUGGGAGGAUUUCCAGACACUAGACAGACACAGUUUACUUUGGAGCAACUGGAGCACUUGGAAAUUUGCUUGAAGGAAGCAGAAGAGAAGGCGAAAGCUCUGUUAGAACAGCUUUCAGCCUCUGAAGAAACAAAAUCAGAACUGCUUCAGAAAGUUUCCUUGCUGGAAAAAAGGCUGGAGAAUGUGAGACAAAACAGUGUUGGUGGAGAAUCAUAUGACAACAUGGUUCUUGAGAAAGACAAGUGCAUCGAGCAGCUGCAGGCUGAAGUAAAAGCUUCCCAGGAGAAACUUACAGCACAUAAACUAAAGCACAAAAAGACAGUGAAAAAGCUACAAACUGAUUUGGCAAUAGCUAAGCAAGAGGCUGCCAUCACUGUCCUGGAACUCAAUGAGAAGAUAAAGACACUCUGUGAAGGAAGGCCUUUUCCCAGAGCAGCCAACUCAGUGGAGGUGCUCUAUGGGGGUCUCCCACCGGUGGAAGAGGGGGACAGAAAGAUUAGCCUGAUCAUGGAGCUGUCCACGCAACUUUCCCUUCAGACUGAGAAGAUCACACAGCUCGAAGAAGUCUUAGCAGAAAAGGAAAAGAAGAUCGAGGAGCUAGAAGCUGAGCUAGGCUCCCAGCUUCCCCAAGAGGAAGAGAGACUUUCCGAAGACUUGCAAGAGUCCCCUGUUGUAUGUGAUGCUCCCAUUGUAUGUGAUGAUGAAAAGAGUGUUCCUGUGGCCUCUAAUAAGGAGUCAUAGAUUUCCCGUGUGAAAAUAAUUAAAGUUUAUUAGGU